AUGAGUCAACCAAGAGCACCAUUAGGUGCCCUGCAAAGACAUCAAAGAGAAGUAGUACGGGGAAUCGAAGCUCACUUCCGGCCCAUUAUCACGAAUAAUCCUUUGCCGGUAGUGAUUCCUCAUCGAGCGGAUGGAAGAACCUUUGAAGUUAGAACAACCGCUCUCCAAAGUUUACCAAAGUUCAAAGGGUUAGCAACGGAAGAACCCUACUUUCAUUUGGACACAAACGACUCCAUUUGCAACACUAUUGGAGGUCAAGGGUUUUCUGCGGAUGAUGUCAACUUGGUUCUUUUCCAGUUUUUCCUAGAGGAUAAAGCAAAGAGAUGGUUUCACACAUUGCCCUCCGCGUCCAUUUUUACAUGGGCCGACAUGCAGCAAAUAUUCUUAGAUGAAUAUUAUACUUCUCAAAAGACCAACGAUGCUAGAAGAGGUUUGAGAAGUUUUCAACAACAAUCGGGGGAGAUGUUUCACGAAGCCUUUGAAAGGUUCAACAUGAUGUUAAGGAAUUGCCCUCAUCACGGGAUCCAAUUUUGGGAAUUGUUGAAUGCGUUUCAUGAAGGGUUGAGUUCGGAGGAUGCACGGGAUCUAAUGUCAAUCACCAAUGGUACAUUCGGUACUAACUAUGAACAUGUUGAUCGGGCAUUUUUAAAACAAAUGGCAGUGAACUCGAAGAGGAAAGCUCAAUCUUCAAGGCGAGCAAGGCAUGUGACACAAAGGCCACAAGUGCAUGGAGUAGAGAGUGGCAAUGUUCAAACCACAAACCAAGUGUACAACGUGUGCACCAAUUGCAAUGAAAUAGGCCAUACGGCAGGAGUUUGUGUAGUGGGAGUGGUUGAUGAGCAAAUAAAAGAGGUUAAUGCAAUUCAAGGAGGGGGUGGUCGAAAUUUCAACAUGAACUCCAACACAUACCACCCCGGGUUUCGCUAUGGGAACGCGGCGAACCAAGCUAACCCAAACUUUCAAGGAGCUCAAGGUAAUUUUGCACCUCGUCAACAAUACAAUCAAGGCAAUUAUCAGGGUGGAAGCAAUUAUGGUUAUCAAGGGCAAUUCCAACAAACGGGUCAAGGUGGUUCGAGUCAAAGUUCAUCAAGCGGGAAUGAAGUCAUGGAUAUGCUUCGGGCUAUGCAACAAGAUAUGCAAAAGCGAAAUCAACUUGAUGAAGUUCGAAUGCAAAAGGAUGAAGUUCGUGACAAGAGCAUCCAAUCACUAACAACUCAAAUGGGUCAAUUGGCGACCGAUGUGGCGGAGUUGAAGAAAAACAAGGGCCAACUUCCUAGCGACACUAAGGUAAAUCCUUCGCAUGGUUCGUCAAAAGGUAACAAUGUUAAUAUUAAUCAUGUUAGUGUUUUGAGAAGUGGCAAAGAAUUUAAGGCCAAUUUGUCACCGGGUUUAGUCGAGGGGGUAGUUGAGGAUGUCACGGGUAAUGAGAGUGACGAUGAAGUUUCACCGGUUAAACCUAAAGAAUCAAAUGUUAACAAACCGGGGUUGGGUGAAAACGAGAAAAGUGAAAAGUUGAGGGUGAACCGAGUCAAGUCCCAUUUCCAUCGGCCUUACUUGACCCGGGUAGGAAAAAUUCUAUGCCAUCAAGAGGUCCCCAAAAAGAAAUUUGUGGUUUGA